GCCCCGGCUGAUUAUUUUGGAAGAUUUGUUUGUUUAUUAAUCAGGUUCUAUAAUUAUCCCGCAAUGGAGUAGUGCGCGCGAUUAUCAUACUCUUAUUACGCGGAGAGAAUUAUUCGGAGGUAGGUCGUUGGAGAGAGACAAAGGGGCGGGAGAGAGAAUGGGGAGGAGACUCAAGAUUUCAAAAAAAUGCUGCAGAAUCGGCGCAUUGUUGAUAAUCUUCGCUGAAUCAAAUUAAUUAACCAGACCUUAGGUCUGUUCUUUACAUGCGCCGCUCUCAAGGUUGGCACUGCUGUUUGAGAAGUGGCCGAUUGAUCUUUAUCGGCUUUCCUUUCCCUUGGGCUCUAAAUUGUUGCCAAGAAGGGAAAGAAGGCAUUGAAUUUUGUAUUUGAAGGUUGAUUCAUGGCAUAGCAUUGCCAAUUGUGAUACCAAAAAAAUAAAAAAAUAAAAAAGAAAAAGAAAAGAAAAAAUGAGUGUUGUUUCGGGUGUAAUCUCAAGGCAGGUCUUGCCAGCAUGCGACGCCCUAUGUUUUUUUUGCCCGGCGAUGCGCACGAGGUCUCGGCAGCCUGUAAAGAGAUACAAGAAGUUGAUAUCAGAUAUUUUACAGGAAGAAGAACCAAAUGACAGGAAGAUUGGUAAACUCUGUGAAUAUGCUUCAAAAAAUCCAAUGCGAAUCCCCAAGAUUGCAACAUCCCUUGAGCAAAAAUGCUACAAGGAACUAAGGAAUGAAAACUUUAAAUCAGUGAAUAUUGUCAUGUGUAUAUACCGGAAACUGUUGUCUUCUUGCCGGGAACAAAUGCCACUGUUUGCAAAUAGUGCCAUGACUAUAAUGCAAACCCUGCUGGAUCAAACAAACCAAGAUGAAAUGUUAAUUGUUGGAUGCCAAUUGCUCUUCGACUUUGUAAAUAAUCAGAAUGACGGAACUUACAUGUUUAACUUGGAAGGGUUUAUACCAAAACUUUGCCAGAUGGCUCAAGAAGUGGGAGACGAUGAGAAGGCAGAACAAUCGAGGGCAGCUGGGCUGCAGGCUCUGUCUUCAAUGGUCUGGUUCAUGGGCGAAAACUCUCAUAUUCCAGUAGAAUUUGACAGUAUUGUUUCUGUUGUCCUGGAAAAUUAUGGAGGCCCCGAUAAAGAGUCCGACGAGCCGAGUGAAAACCGAUGGGUGCAGGAAGUUCAAAAAACUGAGGGCCAUGUCACUCCUUCGCCAGAUGCCACGGCGAGGGUCCCUUCUUGGAGAAUGAUUGUAAAUGAUAAAGGGCAACUGAAUGUGGCGGCAGAAGAUGCGAAAAGCCCAAGCUUUUGGUCUCGGGUUUGCCUGCAUAACAUGGCCAGGCUCGGUAAAGAGGCCACUACAAUGCGUCGUGUUUUGGAGUCUUUGUUCCGGUGCUUCGACAGUGGAAAUCUAUGGCAUCCUCAAAAUGGGAUUGCUUUUCCAGUUCUUAAAGACAUGCAGUAUUUGAUGGAUGAUUCUGGGCAAAAUACGCACUUUUUGCUGUCAAUAUUAGUCAAGCAUCUUGACCAUAAAAAUGUCGUUAAGCAACCUGACAUGCAGCUUGACAUUGUUCAGGUUGUCACCGCCCUUGCUCGGCUCACAAAGGCCCAGCAAUCCGUUGCUAUGGUCAGUGCUGUAAGUGAUGUCAUGAGACAUUUGCGUAAAAGCAUACAUUAUUUACUCGAUGACGCCAAUCUUGGUGAUAAAUUAAUUCAUUGGAAUCGAAAAUUCCACGAAUCAGUCGAUGAAUGCCUCACAGAGUUGUCGUCUAAGGUUGGAGACGCUGGUUUGAUCCUUGAUGUAAUGGCUAGCAUGUUAGAGAAUAUCUCGAGCAUUCCGGUAAUAGCUAAAACUACGAUUGCUGCUGUGUAUCGAGCUGCUCAAAUCAUCGCGACGUUGCCAAAGUUAUCCUAUCAAAGCAAGGCCUUCCCAGAGGCAUUGCUUCAUCAGUUACUUCCAGCAAUGCUUCAUCCCGACCACGAAACACGUAUCGGAGCUCAUCAGGUGUUCUCUGUAGUGCUCGUGCCAUCUUCCGUCGCCCCUCGUGCAGAUUCAACCAUGCACGAUUCCAAAAAGAAUAAACAUGUCCCGAGAACUCUCUCCAGAACUGUGUCGGUGUUUUCUUCGUCAGCUGCUCUCUUUGAGAAGAUGAAGAGACAGAAGAAUAGUUCCAACCUCGACAUGAACAGAGAAAAGUCUUUCGGCGAUGCUGAACAGAAAAACAAUACGAGUGGUGUAUUGAACAAAAUUAGAUCGACUUACAGUCGAGCAUAUAGCAUGAAAGGUGCACCUGCACUUGAUGGUGAUUCGAUACACAAGUCGAACAAAGAAGCGGAUUCGGUUCCUCUUCGAUUGAGUAGCCAUCAAAUAACCCUCCUGCUCUCAUCCAUAUGGGCACAAUCCAUUUCCCCUGCAAACAUGCCGGAGAAUUAUGAAGCUAUAGCCCAUACUUACAGCUUGAUUUUACUGUUCUCACGAGCCAAGAACUCGUACGUCGAAACUCUUAUAAAGAGUUUCCAGCUUGCAUUUUCACUGAGGAAUGCUUCUCUGUCAGGAGGAGGAAUCCUUCCAGCAUCGCGUCGUAGAUCACUGUUUGUAUUGUCUUCUUGUAUGAUUAUCUUUUCAGCAAAGGCUUUUGAAAUCCAUUCUCUUAUUCCGCCUGUCAAAGCUACCCUCUCGGAAAAAGUGGUAGAUCCAUUUUUGUGUUUGGUCGGAGAUUCAAAGUUGCAGGUUAGUGCGAAAAUGGUAGGACCUAAUAAGGUUGGCUACGGAUCUAAAGACGACAACAACUCGGCUCAGAGAUGUCUUUCGGAAAUAAAACUGAACAAUGACCAGACAACGGAGUCCCUUAUUUCAAUUAUUAUGAAUAACUUGGGGAACUCGGGCGAAUUCGACGUUGCUUCCACGAGGGAUCAGUUGCUGAGGGAAUUUUUACCCGACGAAACAUGUUCUAUUAAAGGCAUGUCAUUCUCCGAUAACCCGACAGGCGGAUACAACGGCGAUUCUUCAGAGCCUAAAUCUUUAGACAAGGCUGUCUCGUUGUUCAUAAUUGAUGAUGAUCUUUUGAACGAUAGCAAUGUGCAGAAUUCGAAAUUAAUGAUCGAGGCUCCUAACCUCUUGAGCGUCGACCAGCUUCUACAAUCCGUCCUCGAGACAUCACAUCACGUUGGUAGAAUCUCCGUUAGCCAUGCCCCCGACGCAUCCUACAGAGAAACGGCCGGACACUGCGACGCCCAAUUGAUGGGGAAGCAACAAAGGAUAUCAUAUUUAAUCAACACGCAAUCAAUGCAGCAGGGGCGUUCGUUCGGUGUUCAAUUGAACCCCAUCCAUGACGACAAGCCAAUGGCCUUACCGGGGCUCGAUGGUAUCUCACACAAGCCUGGAAACCCAUUCGUCGACGACACACCGGGAGGGCUGCUAAUGACCCCGUCGGGUGGGGCAAUAUGCGCUGCGGAACGACAGCACCUCCCGAACCCCAACCCCUUCAUGCUGCCCGCGUCGAGUCCUUACGAUAACUUCUUGAAGGCUGCCGGAUGCUAACAAGCGAAUGCGAUACCGUGCAAUGACAAGGUUUUCGCUGGAGAUCCAAUCCGUCCGUCGUGUUAACUGCUUCGUCCAGAUCCGACCCUCCGGCGGACGGCGGUUUUCGAAGCUGUCCAUGAUUAUUUAGAGUCUUCUCUUCAUAUAUAUAUAUUUAUAUGUAUGUAUAGAUCAUUUUUCCAUUGAUGAUUCUUUAGUUUUUGGAAGGCAUGUGUUGCCAGAAAAGUUACAAAUGAUCUAUCUGCCCAUGGAGGGAGGGCUGUUUGAAGCUUUGGCCUGUCCUCCAUGAAGAAAUUAUUGGUUUUGUAAUUGUAGUUUAGAUGUUGUAUUAUAUUGCGUGUAUAGGUUAAGACAAUAAUUUUCUUGUAAAGAAACUGA